UAGCUAGUAGUAUUCAGCAUUGCAUUCCUUAACAUCAAGGCAAUGUUUAUUUUGUGCGUAUAGUAGAACAUUUGCGUAUUCACGUUACAAACAAUUUACGACGUCAUAAUAUGGAUGGUUUUGACGCCACUUCACAAAUUAAUCCACAUCUAAUGUGGAAGUUUCCUUUCUUGCUACUAUAGCUAGGCUUUUGUUCGUGUCCGGUGGUUUUGUCGUUGAUUGAUCUGCCGUUUCUCAAGUCUAAGAUGUCUUACAGCAGACGCACCCUCAUUUCGGACUGGCAUAAGCACAGGGAAGCGGAACCCAAAGACUAUGACUUCACGCAGUGUCCUGCUGGACAGAUAAAAAAACUCAGCAAAUCCACAUACAAACACCUUGGAACCAUGAUGGAUGCGGACUGGACCACCAGCACCGGGGCCCAGAUGGCCCAGAGCCCCCUGGAGGAGAAGAACCAGGCCAGGAGGAGCCCCAGGUCCAUGGUCACAGCCGAGCACUUCCAGUCUGCACACUUUAACAUGCGGACCCUGCCCAGCAAGGAUGCAGCUGGGCUGGUGACCAAUGACGUUCUGCCACGUCAUCCCCCUGGCCAUAAUCAGAUUGAGCUGGUCUCCACGUAUAACGUGGAUUACCUGCCCCCGUAUGGCGCCAUUAAGGAGGAGGUGAGUGUGAAAUGCCAGGCGGAGGAGACGCCCGACUUCCGGAGGCGCCAGUCUCAGUUCACGGACACGGCUGACUACCGCCGCACCGGACGCAACACCUGGCAGGAGGAGAGCGGCGUCUACCUUCCGCCGGGCUCCAGGAGUGGCGUCCACAUCAGGCCCACCAACCCCUUCUUACCCUAGACGCCCCCCCCUCCCUUCCUGGGGCACCACGACAUGCAGGCACCCUGACUCCGUUGUGACAUACCACAGCUAGCUUUUAACACCUUAGGAUCGUUGUACUUCCUAGUUCUACCGCCCCUGUCUUCAUCCAUGGGCGGCUAUUCUUCUUCUGCAUAAAUAAACAUUUCAUCAGAGGUUGUUUUAGGAGGAUUGUUGUUUUCAUUUCGGCUGAGUCAGCGAGUCAGCGGAUGUCAACGCACAGCUAGCUCGCUAGGCUACGUGUUUGUGCUCUGUUCCUCGGUGUCCAAUGAAGUGUUUCGACAUCUGCUUUCUUUCUCUCUCUCCGUGCCUUUCCCAUCCUCGCUCUGUCCCCCGUCCUCGCCCUGUGACCCUCAGGAUGUGCUUGCUCUGUACCGUCUCCUCCCAUCUCCUACGGUGGUUCCUUAUCCGUUUGUUUAUCUGGGUCUUUCCACAAGGAUCGUUCCGUGACUUCGUUGUUGCGAUGUCCCUCCGCGGCGGUGAGACGAUGUUU